CAAAUGAUGCAUUGCAAUGCGAGAUGCCUAUUUAACAUGUCUACAGACACAAGCAAUUGUAUGCACCACCUUCCACAUCAGUAACUUUGCUCUCUGCGCAACAACAGGUGGCGAGACCCAAGGGCCAAAGACAAUGUAUGCUGUGAUCUCUUCUGAAAUCGGCCUUGAUAACGCUUAAGUAGUGUGAAAUUUGUGCGAACUACUUACUUUUCUCUACAUUACCUGAAACCACCUCAGCACAAUGAAACAAGUACCUCAUAUCCUCGGAAGUCCAGCUGUGAAGCCAUCCAAUCCAGAAGUGAGUCGGGAGUGCUCUGUGUUGCUUGGGAGAGCCCAAAUCUCAGCCUCUCUCCAAGAGGGUGUAAUACAGAAACUCAAUGGCCAUGAUUCCCUGCCUUUCAUUCCAACGGAGAAGCUGAAGGACCUCACUUCCCGUGUGUUUAAUGGAGAGUCUGGAGCCCAGGAAGCCAAAGUGCGCUUUGAGGCUCAAGAGGUUCAAGGUAUUGAGACGCCACCCAGCACUACUCCUACUAAAAAUGGAUCUCCUGAAAUAAAGCUGAAAAUCACUAAGACCUACAUGAAUGGAAAGCCCUUGUUUGAAUCUUCUAUAUGUGGUGAUAGAGGCGAGGAAGAGCCUCAACCGGAGCAAAAGAAAAGUAAGAGAGGCAGGAAACGAAAAAUUAUCACGUCUGAAGCCAAUGAAAAGUCGAGCAGUGAGAUGCCCUCCCACUCAGAAUCUUCCAAAAUGAAGCCUGUAUCAGAAUCAGAAUUCCUAGAGCACAAGAAUAAAGAGGACUUUUCCUUGAAGUACUCUGUUGGAGAUGUAGUGUGGUCCAAGGUCUCUGGUUAUCCAUGGUGGCCAUGUAUGGUGACAUCUGACCCUGUGCUGUAUAGCCACACAAAAGUAAAGGGGCAAAAAAAGAAUGUCAGGCAAUAUCAUGUACAGUUUUUUGGUAAUGCUCCUGAGAGAGCUUGGAUAUCUGAGAAGAGUAUGGUGCCCUUCAAAGGAGAAAAUGAAUACGACCACUUGUGCCAGGAAAGUGCAAAACAGGCACCCACCAAAGCAGAAAAAACUAAGCUCUUAAAACCCAUAACAGGCAAAAUCCGGGCUCAGUGGGACAUAGGUAUAGAACAGGCCAAAGAAGGCAUAUUGAUGACUCCUGAAGAAAGGAAAGAAAAGUUUACUUUUAUUUACAUAAAAGACCGUCCUCAACUCAAUCCCAGAGUGGCUUCUGAAGUGGGUGUCCCAGUGGAGUCCUCAGAGAAAAGUACAGAAAGCCCACAAAAAGAAGGCUCUUCCUCCUACAAGAGGAGACGUGUAUCCAGAACACCGGCUGCUAGUAAAGAGGUUGAUCCUGCUGACAAAACCACUACUGCUAAAGGACCGGAGAACUCAUCAGACCCUAAAGGGAUGACCUCACCUGCAAGUAAAAAAAGGUCUGGGGCAUAUACCCCUAGGAGCAGGAAGGGCGAUGCUGUGAACCAGUUUCUUGUAUUUUGUCAGAAGCACAAAGAUGAGGUAAUAAAUGAACACCCAGAUGCUUCCGAUGAAGAGAUUGAAGAAUUGCUGGAAUCCCAGUGGAAUAUGCUCAGCAAUAAACAAAAAGCUCGCUAUAACACAAAGUUUGCCAUUCUCACCUCUCCCAAAUCAGAAGAAGACUCUGGUAGCUUGCAUGGACAUAAAAGAAACCACUUAAAGACAACGCACAAUCAAACCGAAGAUUCAGAAAUCCAAGAAUCUCCACGCAAGCGGCUCCGGAUGCAUAAUCGAAAGCAAAGGGAAACCUGCAAACCUCCAAAAGCCAGAGCAUCUGCCCCUGUAAAGAACUCUCCAGCAAUGUUCAGCCUGUCUGAUGCGUGUAAGCCUUUGAAGAAGAGAAACAGGAGUUCUACUCUUGGUUCAGUGGCCCUUCCUGUGAGCAAAAGUUCUUCUCCUGCUUCACUGACUGAGAAUGAGGUCUCUGAUAGUCAGGGGGAUGAGAGAUCAGAGUCCCCUUCAGAGAGCGCUGAUGAGUCUCAAGCAGAAAUAUCAAUGCUUCACAGGAAGUCCGAGAGAGGAGCCAUGAAAAAAGAGCUUGUGUGCCAGGUCUGUGAGAAGGUCGGAGACCUUAUGUUGUGUGAAGGAGUGUGUUGUUCUGCUUUCCAUUUGUCCUGCAUUGGCCUUUCCACACGACCGGCUGGGAAAUAUCUGUGCAAGGAAUGCACAUCAGGUGCCCGUUCGUGUUUUUUGUGUAAGGAGAGUAACAGAGAUGUGAAGCGGUGUAUUGUGCCCCACUGUGGCAAAUUCUACCAUGAGUCUUGUUUAAGAAAGUAUCCACUUGCUGUGUUUGAGAGCAGAGGCUUUCGUUGUCCCCUACACCGCUGUGCUACCUGUUACUUCUCAAACCCUUCCAACCCUAGAGCAUCUAAAGGCAAAAUGGUUCGAUGUGUUCGAUGUCCUCUAGCUUAUCAUGGAGCGGAAUCCUGUAUUGUUGCUGGAUGUACAGCGUUAACUUCUACCAGCAUCAUCUGUUCUUCUCAUUUUGCUGCUAACAAAGCAAAGAGCCAUCAUGCGCACAUCAAUGUUAGCUGGUGUUUUGUGUGCUCCAAUGGGGGAAGCCUGCUAUGCUGUGAGUCGUGUCCAGCAGCCUUUCACCCUGAUUGCUUGAAUAUCGAAAUGCCUGAUGGCAGCUGGUUUUGCAAUGAUUGCAGAUUAGGGAAGAAGCCGCGAUUCAAUGACAUCAUUUGGGUGAAGCUGGGGAACUACAGGUGGUGGCCUGCAGAAGUGUGUCAUCCGAAGAAUGUGCCUCCAAAUAUCCAGAAAAUGAAGCACGCAAUUGGUGAAUUCCCUGUUUUCUUUUUUGGGUCCAAGGAUUAUUACUGGACCCACCAAGCUCGAGUCUUUCCAUAUAUGGAAGGAGACAGGGGUAGCAAACACCAUGGAGGCAAAAGCAUUGGCAAAGUGUUCAAAAAUGCUCUGCAAGAAGCCGAAACCCGAUUCUGUGAGAUAAUGCGCCAGCGGGAAGCAAAAGUUACUCAGGAAAAUGAAAAAAAGCCUCCCCCAUAUAAACAUAUAAAGGUGAAUAAGCCUUAUGGAAAAGUACAGGUUUACACGGCUGAUAUAUCUGAAAUUCCCAAAUGCAAUUGCAAACCUUCCAGUGAAAAACCCUGUGGCUUUGACUCUGAAUGUUUAAACCGAAUGCUGAUGUAUGAAUGCCACCCUCAAGUGUGCCCUGCUGGAGACCGGUGUCAGAAUCAGUGUUUCAACAAGCGCCAGUAUCCAGAAACCAAGAUCAUCAAAACUGAAGGCAAAGGAUGGGGGCUCAUUGCAACAAGAGAUAUUAAAAAGGGAGAGUUUGUGAAUGAAUAUAUUGGUGAACUUAUAGAUGAAGAAGAAUGUAUGUACAGAAUUCGACACGCGCAGGAGAAUGACAUCACACAUUUUUACAUGCUGACAAUUGACAAGGACCGGAUUAUUGAUGCAGGGCCCAAGGGAAACUUUUCCCGAUUUAUGAAUCACAGCUGUCAGCCAAACUGUGAAACCCAGAAAUGGUCUGUGAACGGAGAUACGCGUGUCGGUCUCUUUGCAGUGCGUGAUAUUCCUGCAGGAGAGGAGUUGACCUUUAACUACAACUUAGACUGUCUAGGUAAUGAGAAGACAAUCUGCAGAUGCGGUGCCCCGAAUUGCAGUGGAUUCCUUGGAGACAGGCCUAAGAACAACACAGCUUCAUCUCACGAAGAAAAAGUGAAAAAGCCCAAGAAAAAACAGAAGAAGCGUCGUACAAAAACAGAUGGGAAAAAGCAAUCUGAAGAUUACUGCUUUCGUUGUAAUGAUGGAGGAGAGCUUGUUCUAUGUGACAGGAAGUUUUGCACGAAGGCCUAUCACCUUUCUUGCCUGUCUCUAACUAAGAGGCCUUUUGGAAAAUGGGAAUGCCCCUGGCAUCACUGUGAUGUGUGUGGGAAGGCGUCGGUGUCGUGCUGCUCAUUGUGCCCCAAUUCUUUCUGCAAAGGUCACUAUGAUGAUAGCCAGUUCACAAGGACUGCAGAGGGACAGUUAUGUUGCCCAGAGCAUGACCCGGAAGAGUCUGUUGAAUGCGAAGUUGUUAAAAAUCUACCCAAGAAGAAAGCAAAACAAAGGAAGAACAAAAAGACUCGAUAGUAACCUUUUAUUUUGUUGAUGUAAAGGACUGCAGUUUCAGCUGCCAACACUAGUAUGUAAAUAGAAAAUAGUUUGUGAAUAAGGGCAAAAAAAACAAUUUUCCAUUUUACACUGUACAACUAGAGUACAUAUUUUGAUUCAGGACAAAAAUGUUAUCGCUGAGCCGUCACCGGCGGCAGAUCCUGCCGCCUCUGCACUGAUACCGAACUGUGAUUUUAGCAGUUCGUAAAACUGUCAGGAAAAAAAAAUUACACAUUUACACAGCAUUACAGUUAUCCUUUAUGGAUUAUGGCACGUGGAACGCCACCGCCGUGUUCAGGUGGAAAGAAGCCAUAGCACCCGUUGGCAAAGGCUCUGCAUGGAGAUAAUGUGGAGCCUGUCUGUCACCUCUGUGUGCCAUAAUCAUAGUUGUACCGAUGUCUUCCACCUGAGACAGCCACAAUUAAUAGCUUAAUGUGGCUUAAAUUCUCAACAAUGUAGGUUGAGAUAUAUGAAGGGAGAACACGAUCCAGCACGUGCGUGUUGUGUAAAAGCAAAGACACUAUUGCUCCAGCUGAACAGUGCCUAGCUAAUGUAGUUACGUUUUUAUAGUACAGACAAUGCUUCUGUGUAAUCCCUGUUUUGUUUUUAUAAAAUAAUGUUACGUAUAACUCAAUGAUAUUUUAAUAUUUUUCAGAGGAUUUUUCCAUAUUUUAAAUUUUUGGUAUAAGGCAAAUCUGCACGCGGAGACAAGUCGUGUUGCCGAGAGCGUGCACGCUUCAGGUAUGGUGGAAGAGAAUGGAAAGUGGUGAGGUUCUGUAUCUCCCAUGUCAUAGUUUUACAAACGCACAGUUGCUACCUCACCUGGUUAAAAUAGUGACCGGCGCUCUUUUUCACUGUAAGAGGUGCCUUCUGCACAGUUUCGUUUCAGCAGCAAAUUAAUCCAAAUGGAAAUCUGAAACCAUCCUCUUCUUUUUCAGGGUUGCUUUUACCCCCCAUCCCCGUUAUUAAACCCUAAUGCUUUAACUUGUCUAGUUUUAAAAAGUGUGGAGAUUGAAUGUGGUAGUGGCAUUUAUAAAAGGGGUAAAAGCUUAUUUUUUCCCCUCCAGUUUCGCCUGAAUGAGCCUAUAACACGUAGCCCUUUACUAUAACCUUUUAGUGUUGCACAUAAAAUAACUUUUAGCUAUAGGCAAUCUCCUCUAAAAGGAUAAUCAAUGUAUGUACUCUGUUUGAUAAUAGGUGUCCUGCGUGAAUCAAAAUAUUUUACAUUUGCCAAGGUUUUCUGUGGUUAUUUUGACAAUUGUGCUCUUAAAAUGAAAAAUGCAGCCUUAUUCCUAAAGGGAUACCUUUAACCCCCCUUUUUUUAUUUUAAUUUUUUACAAUUGCUGAUAUGUCGUUAACAUGACCGGAUACCCUAAAGAUAUGGGAUUUUUUCCUGCUAUUGGCGCUACCCCUUAUUUCUAGGCCAAGUGCUGCCUGUUUUUUUUUUUUUUCUAUGGGAGUGCCCAAUUAGUGAUAAUUCCGGCUUUUGCACCUCUGGAAAAUAAGGUGAUUUAGGGGAAAUAAACUGCAUUACCCCCAAGUUAUAGAGGCCUGGGCAUGACAGCAAUUUUAGAAAACGGUCUGCAUCCCUUGAAGUUACAAUUCAGCUUGAAAAUUUUACCUCACUUGUUGAUUUUACUCAUGCACAUUGAGAGUACUGAUGUGAUUCCUGCAAAGUGUUCUGUAUGUUCUAUGUUAUUGUAUAGACUGUUUGGUCAGAUAGACUUGUCAAUGCAAACAGGCACAUUCUUAAUAAAUGUGUAAAUAAGUACAGAGAAGUCUGAACAAUGCAAGUAGCGCCAUCCUUAGGAAGCAAGUAUAAUGCGCUCAGCGUGACGCUUCUCCAUAGAGAUCACUCGUGUCAAACAUUCCUCCUUCUUUUGCAUUGCAAACGUCCCCCUUAAUCUGAUUAUUCUAUCCUGAUCAGUAUAAAAGACGCACUUUAUUCUUUUCCGAAAUAGUUUUAUCUCCAUAGUAGAACCACAUAUCACUUUCAUAUAUUAACCCCCUUUUUUUUUUCUCCGCCUCAUUUUUUUUAUUUUUUUUAAAUGUUUAUGCUUACAUUUUUCAAUAAUUAUUUCUGGGUUAUUAUUUUAUUCCUUUGUAUCCGAAUGACUGUGGUCAUAAUUGUAAAUAAUUGUUACCAGCACUUCAGAACCGAGUCCUGAGUCCAGUCUGUAGAUGGAUUGGGCAUAAUGAUUCUCCCUUUUGUAAAAGAGUCAUCGUUUUAUUAUUAUCAGCACAGUUUUUUGUUAAUGGAAAAAGAUAAUUUGCUUGGACGUAGAAAAUGCGCUAUAUGAAGACCUGCCCUUAAUAAUAUGAUCUGGUUUUCUGCCAGUAAUUUAUAGAUUUAAACGGGCCCAUUUAGUCUGCCCAUUAUUGCUUUUAAAAGCUUAAUCCUAUGUUUUUUUUGUACAAUGGUUUGGUGGUUUAGCUGUGAAAGACUUGAAUCCAGCCAUACACAUGGUUGCGGUCACAUGACUGGGCCACCACAUGACUAGAUCUGAACCUGUAGCUCUGACAGUUGCACGGUUCUGGUUAUUUAGCAGUCUGACCAAACCACUAAGGCCAUAGUGGACCCCACUGUGUUACCAGGUAUGAUUUUGUUUUUUUUGCAACCCGCCCAGUUGACUGAAAAUUUUAAUCCAGCAAACAGAAUGUUUGGCCGGGGUAAAGAGUACUAAUAAGGUUGAAAUGUACCCACGCUGGCGAGCAAGAUCUUCUAGUUUGUGGCCAGCUAUAAAGGGGCUUUCCAAGGUAUAUGAAGGUAAAAGUAAUGUUAUCCAUCCUUUAGAGUAAAUAUUGUUUACUUUUCCUUUAUUUUAACCACUUGAAUAAAACAUUCCCUUUACUCA